GCUGUUCAGACCUGACCGGCACGCGCUGCUCAGAGGUCUGCUGGAACAACAUGUGGAGCUCCUGAAGACAUCAAAGUUGUGAGUUUUGAAGCUUCCAGCAUGGUAAAGGUCCGGAUGAAUCAGCUUGUGGGAGACCAGAGAGGCCCGCUCAUGUCCCCGCUGCAGCUCUCCGUCUACUGGCGCCUCGCUCUAAUCUUCUUCUUCACGGCUUUCCUCUUUUUUCUGGACAUUUUCACCACCGCCGUGGUCGCCGAGACAUGUCGCCAUGGCAAUGAUACUGGCACGUUUGCUUUGUGGCUUGAAAAGUUGGCACCGAACAAGGAGGAAAACCAAUCAGCGCUCAGCAGGGUUUUAAAGGACGACGCCGAUUGGAGGACAGAGAGCGGGACCCGAGACUCAGUGUGUGGUUGGACAGACUGGUUGUCUUAUGGUCAGAUGCUCUUCAUGACUGGUCUGCUGCUGGGAUCUCUGUUCGGAGGAGCCAUAUCUGACCGGUACGGAAAGCGUCCGGUACUGCUGAUUUCCAUGUGCGUGCACGCUGUGUGUGGCCUGGUUCCUGCUGUCUUUCCUCAGCCACUCCUCUUCCUUAUUCUUCGCUGCCUGACUGGAAUCUGCUGCUGCUGCAUCAACAUCUGCGCCUUCAGUUUAGCAGUGGAGUGGACUCCCCCUGAUUCUCGGCUGUGGCCACCGGCUUUCCUGCCAUUCUGCUUCAGCCUGGGGACAAUGGGUGGAGCUCCUUUGGCCUGGCUCAACCCUACCUGGACACGUCUGCACCUGUCACUGGCUCUGCCUCAGAUCAUUUGUCUGCCACUCUACCUUUCAAUCCCAGAGUCUCCCCGAUGGCUGUUGUUAAAGAAGAGGACAGAUAUCCUGGACCGUUACCGGAGCAAUAGCCCUGCAGAUAACCAGCGUUUGGACCUGUUGUUGGACUCCGCCUGGUCAGACUUGCAGAAAGCCACCGAAGCUCAGAGGGAAGACCCUGUGACUGGAGAUCAUGCCUCCAGUGACAUAAUCCACUUGAGGCACCCAACUGUCCUGAUGCGAUUGUUUGUCAUGAGCUGUGUGAGUGCGGCUUCAGCUUUGACAUACUACGGAAUUUGUUUGAACAUCGGCUCAUUUGGUGUUGGCGUUUACUCCGCCCAGUUCUUUUCCGGGCUAUCAGAAGCUCCCUGCUUGCUCGUCCCAUUGGUUCGUCUGGGACGCCGGCCGAUGAGCAUGCUCGCUCUGUUCCUCAGUGGAGCUGCCUGCUUCGUGUCGUUACUCCUGUCCAGGUACAAUGGUAUGCCGAUGCUGGUUAUGAGUCUGGCUCUGUUGGGGAAACUCUGCAUCCUGGCUGCCAUCUUUGUCUCCACUCUGUACAGCAUUGAACUGUUCCCCACUGUGGUCAGGCAACGCUGUUUAUCACUGGUCAACCUGUCUUUCCGGCUCGGUUGUCUGGUCAACACCCUCGUCCCCGCCAACCCUGACGGAGCAAUCUCCUUGGCUGCUAUGGUUAUCUACAGCAGUGGACCAAUCAUAUGCUGUGGACUGUGCCUGCUGCUGCCGGAAACCAGUGGUGUCCCACUUCCUGACUCUGUGGCGGACUGCAACAGGCAGCUACAGCCCCACCGACCCGCCAUGGAUGCGCUCUGGAGGACAGAGACACUGGUGAGCAGCCAAACCAGCAAAGUGGAAACGUUCCCUGUGGAGAAAGACAGCACGAUUUCAGCACUGCUGAUAUGAACGCAGCCGACAGCUUUCAGUUACUGCUUUGAUAUUAAUUAGACCAAAAACAAACAUGAGUUCAUGUUAGAGAAACUUCAUACCAGCUGGCAGGAUGAAAUAAUUCCCUCUUAGAGGAUGUUGGAGGAUUUCCAAGACUUGAAAGGAGGUGUGUUUUAUUCUUAUGCUGUUUUUUUUCUAUUUGU